UUCAGACGCUUAAGGAAGGCAGAGUGUAGUUUCCGCGGACAUCCCACAAUGCACCGCAGUUCACGCUAAGUGGACGUUUCCAUAGAGACGCUCCCGAAAUGCUACCUGGAUGAAAAGCUUGGACAAAUCCAAAAACAAGCUGUAGAGAUGUCUCAGCUGUCAGCUGAUGAUGAGGUGGAGUUGCAGUCCCUGCUCAAGCAGCUUCUGAGCAGCAUCAACGACAGGAUCUCUGGUGCUUCGUCGACCGAAUGUGCUGAAGAGAUCCUUCUUCACUUGGAGGAGACUGACAAGAACUUCCACAAUUAUGAGUUUGUCAAGUACCUCCGUCAGUACGUGGAGAGUUCACUGGGGACUGUGGUGGAGGAAGAGACCAAGAACCUGACCAGAGGAGAUGGACAACAUGCAAUAGGCUCAGGUCACGACACCUUGAUCCACGCUGUCACUCAAAGGACCAGAGACUCAGCUGAGUACCAGCAGAUGAUGCAGACCUUAAAAAACACCAUGAUCAUGGUGGUGGAGUCUUUAAUCAACAAAUUUGAGGAGGACCAGAUGAGGAAGGAUGAGAUGCACAGAGAGAAGCAGCACAGUCAGUCCAACAGCCAGUACACUGACAACUGCUCUGACAGCGACUCUUCCUUCAACCAGAGUUAUGCAUUCAUCAGACAAGAGCAGCUGCAAGCUUUGGCUGAAAAACUUGACUCCAGCAGACCCAAAGAGGUGCGUUGGGAGGCUCUUCAGGCCCUCUGCUGUGCUCCUCCAUCUGAUGUGCUGAGCUGUGAGAGCUGGAGCAGCCUGCGCAGGAACCUCUGUGCAGCUCUGACCGACCCCGACCUCAGCGAUAAUGUACUGCAGUUUUUUGCUAAAGGCUUCUCCUCCUCUCCACUGAAUGUGACACGAGAGAUCUACACCAGCUUGGCUAAAAGUGUGGAGUCAAGUUUUAGGGCUCACAAGCUAAGCUUUCCAAGUGGCUCAGCUGCCAUUGACAUCAACAGACCUGAGAUCAAUCGUCUUCUCAAACAGAUUCGAUUAAUGAAUGACUUUCAAAAGGAGGUGACAACCUUUUGGAUCCGCCAUCCUGAGAAAUAUAUGGAGGAAGUUAUAGAGAGCACCUUCUCCCUGCUGUCCUUCCAUCAUGAACAUGGCAUAGCCUCACCAGGGACAGAGAAAGCCCUGGAAUCCAUUCACCUACUGGCCUUACUGGAUAUUAAAGCAACCUGGUUUAAAAAGUGGAUGCACGGAUACUACAGUAGGACUGUUGUUCUAAGACUCCUGCAGAGAAAAUACAAGUCUCUGAUUGUAGCAGCCCUUCAGCAGUGUAUCCAUUACAGUGAAUGCUGUGAAUGUUUCAAUGAGACAACCCAGUCAGCUGAGCAACAGACCACUGGUUCAGCCCAAAGGAGUGUUUAUAUAGGAAAAGAGCUUGAAUAUGCCUUCUUUGUCCACUCGCUCUGUGUCUUGGGAAAACUCCUCAUCUACACCAAUGGGAGAAAGCUCUUUCCCAUCAAAGUGAGGAAAUGCAAAGAUCCAGUAACCCUGACAGACCUGGUUGUUAUCCUGAUUACCAUCAUGUACCAACACCCCAAACUUCCACACAGCGACGCCUCACACACAGACUCCCUGUCGCCCAGCGGGCUGGCGAUGGAGGUGCUGUGGAUGCUGUGUGAGAGGACAGAGUGUGCUGCAGAGUGUCUCUACCAGACCCCUGUAAUAGAGACACUGCUGGCUCCUGUUAUAGCUCUGCUUAAUGGACAGCAGGCCAAAUUAAAAUCUCCUGCAGCUACACUGACUCUCAUUGCUGAUGUUCUGGCUCGCAUCGCAAACACUGACAGAGGAUUAGCUCUCUUCUUAUACGAGAAGAAUCUAGUUGUAGCCCACAGUGAGAGAACCUUUGCUGCUCAUGUCAUUGUACAGUUCACCCUCAGGCUUCUGGAUAAGGAGCUGUCAUUGCUAAGUGAAUCCGACAUGUCCCAUACAUUAUGUGGGGCCUUUAUUUUUGUCUGUAGGCAGAUAUACAACACCUGUGAGGGUUUACAGGUCCUCCGACCCUACGGCCUACACAAGGCUGUAGCUGCAGCAUGGAAAAAGACCAGUUCCUUCACAGAAAGGAUUCCAACCCCGGUACCUGGAGCCGCUGCUGGAACAUCCACACAUGAGCUGCAGAACAUGCUCAUCUGGGAGGAGACGCUGUUGGACAGCCUGCUGAACUUUGCUGCAACUCCUAAAGGCCUGCUGCUGCUCCAGCAGACAGGAGCCAUCAAUGAGUGUGUCUCUUACAUGUUCUCUCGCUUUACUAAAAAACUACAGGUGAGCCGCUGUGAGAAGUUUGGAUACGGGGUAAUGGUGACACAGGUGGCAGCAACUGCUCCAGGGGUGGUGGCUUUGCAUAGUUCAGGUUUUGUCCGGGCACUGGUGGUAGAGCUGUGGUCUGUUCUUGAGUGUGGCAGUGAAGAUAUCAAGGUGGUCCGUCCCAAGCCCACACCCAUGGACCCCAUAGACAGGAGCUGCCUCAAGUCCUUCCUAUCAUUGGUCAACCUGCUCUCCUCCUCCCAAUCGGUGUGGGAGCUGCUGGGCCGGCAGCCUCUAGCCAACAAGAGUGAAUACACCCUGAGAGAGACGCCAACCUCCAUUCCUGAUUUGAUUGACAGGCUGAUUGCUGUGAAUUCAGAUGCGAAGAUUAAUUCCCUGUUCCACUAUGAACAGUCUCACACAUUCGGCCUGAGACUGCUCAGUGUUCUCUGCUGUAAUCUGGACUCGUUUCUGCUGCUGGAGAGCCAGUACAACAUCUGCUCCAUGCUGCUGCAGAGUCAGAGGGAGAACGUCACUGAGCUGGACACCAAUGAGGGGGAGUUCAUCAUAGACAGUCUAUCAGUGGAGAGGAGUCACGUGCUGGUUCGUGUUAACGUGGUGGGAGGUCCGUCUGAGAGGAAGCUUCCUCCUCGAGCACUGCAAGAGGGAGGAGAUCCUUACCCUUGGCCCAUGUUUUCAAGCUACCCUCUACCUCACUGCUAUACUUUAGACCCACCAAAGAUCCACCAUAACUCACAGGACUCUGAGAUCAGUGCAUUUCUGGAAUCAUCUAAAGACUCAAAGAAUGAGGAGGGCUGGAUGGAGAUCUGCCGGAAACAGUACUCCAAAGUCAUGACCUCCAAACCCGACAUUUUAACUGGAAAGGUGCUGGCUGACCUUCUGGAGAAGGUUGUGGCCCAUCUAUCCAACUCUGCCACCGAGUGCUUCUUCUCUCUGGCUCAGUACAAAGCAGAGGAGAAGAGUGUGAAGAGUGCAGUAUUAUCAUCUGUGGAGCAGCUGGGAAUCAACAACUGUCUCCGGUACGGCAGCUACCUCAAGCUACUGAAAGAAGAUGCUGUGAACGACCUGACGCUGCUAAUGAAGCACAUUAAGAUCUUCUUGGUCACACAGAGAGUUAAAACUGCUUCAGAGCUCAUCACUCAGCAGGGUGGUUAUCCAGGCCACGACUGGCUGGCCUCCACGGUGUUCCUCAUCAUGGCUGGAGACAUGGACCGGUCUCUAACUUUGUUACUCAACCUGUCCUCUCUGCUUACCUCUGCUUUCAUCUGGCCAGCGAGGAUACAUGCCUCUAUCCAUGUUCCCGUGGGAGUAGCUGAAUCGGGAAUCCCUCCUGUUUACUGGUGUACAGCUCACUAUGUGGAGAUGCUGCUGAAAGCUGAAGUUCCUCUGGUCCACUCCGCCUUCAGGAUGUCUGGUUUCACCCCAUCCCAGAUGUGCCUCCACUGGCUGACUCAGUGUUUCUGGAACUAUCUGGACUGGAUAGAAAUCUGCCACUACAUCUCCACCUGUGUGGUGAUGGGUCCUGACUACCAGGUUUACAUGUGUAUGGCCAUAUUCAAACAUCUGCAGCCAGACAUCCUGCAGCGUACACAGUCCCAGGAGCUGCAGGUCUUCCUCAAGGAGGAGCCAAUCCAGGGCUUCAAGGUCAGCAACUACCUGGAGUUCAUGGAGGGACUGGAGCGCAGCUACAGAAACAUUGUUCUCACCGACAUGAAAACCAUCUGUAACCCUGUCGAGUAAGAACAUGUUGAACCUUUCUGUGUUACACAAGUUACAACAAAGUUUUUAAAGUGAUUGUUGGACCAUUUUUAAUCUGCCUUGAAAUCAUUACAGCUUGGCUAAGAUUCAGUAAGUACCUGUAUGUAUCUCCUGGUGUAACAUAGCAUUUCUCCUACAAGCCCACUGUGGACUUGUAUAUUGUCAUCAUAUCACUACACUAAUCUGGAGAGAAUUGAACCUCAUAACUCAUGUUUUUCCAUGAAAUUAAAGAAUAAGGAUGGCGAUAUUCCAUAUUAUAAGUAUUUCUUUUGUAUCCAGAGCCUGAGACAUCUUAUUCCUCUGUGCUAUAGAGCUCCAUUGUAGACCAAAACUAUUAAAAGCACUACAAUGAGCUACUCUGUUGCACUGGGUGACAUAUUCUUUCACUACCAUGAACACACACACACACCGCCCUGCAGCUGUAAAUACUCAGUAGUGCACCAAAUUGUAUUAAUCUGGAGCUGAAAAUAGUCCAACAGGAGUAAAUAGUGUGACGUUUCUAAAUACUAAAGUUCCCGUCUGUUAACUUUUUUUAUUACCGUACCUUAUAUUCUUGACCCGUUUUUAAAGAUCUAUAUCCUUGAAAGGAUAAAAAUGGGCUUGUGGCUGAGGGAUGAGGCUUUGGAAGUCGGAUCUUGAGGAGAAGGACUGACUGGUUUUGGUCUUUUCAUGGGAUUUGCUGACGAUAAGAAAAAUACAGAAUACCGCCAGGCUUAUCCUUUAAUGCAGGUUAAAGGUUACAUAAUUUUUUGCUACAACACAAAAGAUUACCAAAUUAAUCUAAUAAUUCAACAUCACAAUUAUCCUGCAUGUUGCACCUGUAAGAAGUUGUACAUUACUGUAUGUGAUGUAAAUACUGUAUGUGGUGAUUAUGAACAGCUGUUGUUGGAAAAUCUAAUAAUCAAAUGUUUAAUUUCUGUAUUUAUUUUUUUCCUACAAUGUAAAUAUCUCAGAUCUUUUGUAUGUGUUCAACAAGAUGUUCUUGUUCUAAGAAUUAAAAGAAGCACUGAGUUACAA